GCUCUCCACUGGCUGCUUGCCCUCGACGAUUCCAACUACAACUCUGCGUCCAUACAGUUCGCUCCUUCCUCACAACCGAGGAGUAACGCGACAAAUGGAAAUGCACUGCUCUUGUUCAUUACGCUAUGCUAGUACAAAGGAAAAUUCAUCAUAAGCCUAACCCAGUCCUGCCACUACUCGCAAACGCCUGAAAAGAACCGCCCCUCUCGACAUCAGUCGCAAAAGACAAAAUGCGCGACUACCGAUUUGAGCUCCUACCGCGAUAGCUCCUCUUCUCAUAGUAGUAGUCGUCACUAUCCGAAUCACUGCUAUCAUACCUCCUCCUCGAGCGACCCCUAGACUCAUGCCGCGCCGAUGAGCUCCGACUGACACGUGACUGCGCGUCCGACGACGAAGCCCGACUGCACGUCGACUGCCGCUCCAGUCGAACAAACUCAUCAGGGUGCGCACCAACCCUGGCGCGUGGGUCCGCAUAGUACUCAAUGUUUCCACGGUUGGGCUGUCGAUAGUCGACAUAGGCCGGAUGCUGGGGAGUCGGCGCAAAUGUCACAGACUGCCGACGCCUGCUUGGUUCGACCGACCGCGAUCGACGAUUGCCUGUGAUGGGCGCUCCGUUCUCAAUGAUGCGGAGAUGCGCGCGGAUACGGCGAAGGCCGGCCACUGCGAAUGGUUAAUACCUUUUGCUCUCAGUGAAGACUUGAAUGGAGCACAAACUUACAGUCCUUUUCGACCUUGGCCACGAGGAACUUCUCGUACCAUUGCUCGUACUCGGGCACCGUCAUAAGCCCAUCAUAGUACGCCUGGCGCAACUUGCGAAAGACAUAGGGCGCCUCAUCAUCAGCUUCAUGCUGCUCCUUCUUUCUCUUGACCAUGCGCCGGAGCUCCCAGCUCGACUUGAUCGACGUCACGAUACUACCGCACGCAGCAACCGUUGCCAAAACGACGGGGACACCCAUUGUCGCGAGAUGGUUAUGUGAUGAUUGACCUCUGGUUUUCUUCCAAGUGGAAGACGGCGGAGGGAGACUAAGGAGGAAGUUGAGGAGAGUCAGGUGUGUUGUCUGCUGGCAUGAACUGUUUGAUGAUGUCGGAGGAAAGGGUUUCGAUUCCUUGGGGCUCUGGGAGAGCUGGUAGAAAAGGAACGGGAGCCGUCGAGUGCGAGGGCGACACCGGCGACCUGGAAAAACAUGUUGCGAAUACUUGAGACGAUUUCCCAUAAUGCUUGACCUGGCCAGGUCUGUUGAUCGCUCUCUUGUUUCGGGUGAGCUUCACAGGCCCGGGUCCGGCCCCGUCUCGCCCUGUUCGGACCGGGCUUGGCACAUUGCUCUCCCGAGUGAUGGAUUUUCUAUCUGCUGGCCGUGCAAAGCUGUUGCUCUUCCAUGACCAGGCCAGAGAUCAACUCGAUCUGCCCAUGGUUCCCCUACCACUGCUGGUUGUUUGUCUUCUAGAAGGCAGCACACAACGGGCCCCCAUCUCCUGUGGGACAAAUCGAGUACCAAGUGAUCCAGAGCUGUUGCGACUCUGAGAAACACGAGAAAUAUCUCCCCUUUUGGAACUCAGUCCAUUGUUGUUAUCUGCUCGCCCGCAUACACUAUGACAUACACUAUCAUGCAAAGACAAUGACUCCCGUCCUUCUACUCGCUCCAUCUUCCCCUGCGCCCCUCUAGAGCAUUCCUCUCCCCAUCACCAAGCAGCCGGCGCUGACAGUCAAAGGCUACUGGUUUCGCCGGCCUCGACCAAGCAGGCCUCAAUUCAGUUGGCCAGCAUCCUCCCCACUUUCCAUCACGCCAAUCAGUUCCCCUCCCUGGUGUUGCUGCGCCGCAUAUUCCUUCCCGCUUUACCCAUUUGUAUGUAUGUAUACCAAAAAAGAACACGCUCCCACGCCGCAAGCCAGCGUCUUGCCCGUCAGCCUUAGCCAUGGUGUCGUCCCCUCUCUCUCCGGUCUUCCUUGUCUCGAUCGAAACAAGUUUAUAAAACCCCACGGCCAGCCCGUCCGUCGUCCUGACCACGGGUCUUCGUGUUAGAAGGAUCUCGUUUUUUUCCCGAUCAAUUAUUCACGUCCACCAUUCGGUAACGAGGUCAAGAGUGCGGUCUUUGGAACUGACACAUCAACCAACAACCCAACCCCACCUUUUUCGUGUUCCCUGUCAGGAUACCAAGCAGUCAGUCAAGGGCGAUCAAUUGAGUGUUCUUAUCGCCAAACGGCCUUCAAAACGGCCUCGAACCGGGAGCAAUUGAACCAAGGAAUUGGACAGAAUGGGCGGCGGAUACUACUACGAAACAGAGCCACGUCCGCAAUACACAAGGCCCCCUCCAAGAGCAUACUACCAGUCCACCACCCGAACAAGCAGAACCGCGCACGUCAUUGACGUUGAAGGACCAGAGCGGUCGCUGUCGCCCUCUCCGACAAGAGUGGUUGUUGUGCAGGAGAAGCGGAGGCGGAGACAGCCAGAGCCGAUUGGUUGCUGGGCGUGGUUUUGUGCUAGUUGUUGUUGCUGCUGGGUGUGCUGUGAUUGCUUGAAUGAGACUUGCUGUCCGAUUCGGGAGUAUGACUGAGCUGGGAAAACAAUGGAAGAGACGACGAGAUGAUGUUACGACGAAUGAUGAUACCCAAAACGAAAAUCAUGACGACAAGAAUGGUUGGAGAAAGUGAAUGAUCGGUACCUCUUCUAUUCCUUACAUGCUAGACGGCCAGGAAACACAAAAAGAAAAGAAUGCAAUAACCUCCAAACUCCUGACCAUGGCUGUCAAGAAACGCCUUCAAUGCAAAUAGUUAAAC